CUCAAUUUCCCAGACUACAUCACUUCUUGUGCAUCCGCCAUAUUGCCUUCGCCUGAACGCGCUGGCUGGAUCGGCUCGUACCCACAACUGAAAAUAUUUGCAGUGAUGACUCAGACAGUUCAGACCAAUGGGGUUCAACCCCUCAGUAAGACCUGGGAACUGAGUCUGUAUGAGCUACAGAGAACUCCACAGGAAGCUAUAACAGAUGGACUGGAGAUAGCAGUGUCACCCAGGUCCUUGCACAGUGAAUUAAUGUGUCCUAUCUGUCUGGACAUGCUGAAGAACACAAUGACAACUAAAGAAUGUCUGCACCGCUUCUGUGCUGAUUGUAUCAUCACAGCUUUGAGAUCUGGUAAUAAAGAGUGUCCUACCUGUCGUAAGAAGCUGGUGUCUAAGAGGUCGCUGCGCCCAGACCCAAAUUUUGAUGCUCUGAUUAGUAAGAUUUAUCCCAGCCGUGACGAGUAUGAAGCCCACCAGGAGAGAGUGUUGGCCCGCAUUAGCAAACACAACAACCAGCAAGCCCUGUCUCACAGCAUAGAAGAGGGGCUGAAGAUACAGGCUAUGACCAGACUGCAGCGUGGUAAGAGACACACAGUGGAGAACGGUAGUGGAGCUGAAGACAAUGGGGACUCCUCUCACUGUAGCAACGCUUCUGUCCACAGCAACCAGGAGGCAGGUCCAAGUAUCAAACGCACCAAGACAAGUGAUGACAGCGGUCUGGACAUGGAUAAUGCUGCUGAGAAUGGGGGCGGGGACUCUGUGAUUGAUGGUGGUGCAAGUGAAAUAGAGCUGGUGUUUAGGCCACAUCCCACCCUAAUGGAGAAGGAUGACAGUCACAACAGUGUGGAGUUUGUCCCUCGCUAUAUUAAGACGUCCGGUAAUGCUACAGUGGAUCACCUGUCUAAAUACCUGGCAGUGCGAUUGGCUCUGGAGGAGCUGAGAAGAAAUGCUGAGGCCAGUCCUGUUAAUGUGGAGGCAGCUUCAGAGAAACAGUAUACCAUCUACAUACCCACCGCUGGAAACCAGUUCACUGUUCUGAAUGGUUCCUUCUCUCUGGAGCUGGUCAGCGAAAAGUACUGGAAGGUGAACAAACCCAUGGAGCUCUACUUUGCCCCUACUAAAGAACACAAGUAGACACAUAAAAACACACGCGUGCAUACACACAUAAACACACAUGUUCACCAGUAGGAAGUAAACAGAUGGACUUGGCUACACCUGCGCACACAGAAACAAGAGGAGAGGAAUGUGUGUGUCUGAAGGAGAUUAGGAGGGGUUGGUGAAACCCUCAAAAGGACUCUUGUAAAAAGAAAAAAACAUUGUUUUAUAUUCUCUGUAUCUUUCUGUGUCUCUUUCUAUCUUUCUCUCAGUAGAAGGUAGCAGAUCAGUACAGCAGCUAGCAGGAAAAUGGACUGCUAACAGUGACUGUAGAUUCUCUCCAAAAAAAGACAACCAGGGUCCAUUUACAGUCUGAAUUAGCAAUGUGCUGUGUUCCACACAAAGAAAUUGUAUUAUACUGUAUUUGUCUUCAGCAAAGACCCCGUUUAUACUGUGUGAUUUUGGUCUGUCCCAAACUAAAAAAUUGACCAGUCAGAAGAGAAAUGUGGUGAAAUGUUUGGUUGUCAGUCAGAAAAGGUGGCCCCAGAUCUCAGUGUGACACACACCCACCAACAGCUGAUUUAGAGCUUUAGAGACCAAGACCACCUGUGUCCAGAUUCUGAAAUGCUGGUCUGCAUUUUGUUAAAAUGGGACUUCAGCCACCCCAUAUCUACAAAAUAACCAAUCAUAAAACAGCUUGAAAUAAUGCAGCAUUCACAGGCACAUAUAUAUAUGUGUGCCACGUGUGUGUGUGCUUUCCUACAACGGCACAUGUCUAUGAAAAGAAUCUGACGUAUGGAGGCAAAGACAGGUCCUACUCAUUUGAAUUUUAUAGUCAACUGAAAACUUAAUCUGGAAAUUAAUCACUACUGACUGCUUAAUGCUGAAAUUUGAAUAUAACUUAAUUUGUUGAAAUAUUUUCCUUUGAACGCUUUCUGCCUGAAUUUAUGUGGUUUGAAUUCCUUUCUUUGAAUCUUUCUGAUCAUCUUUCUCUGAUCACGUCUGACAGAAUGGAUUAGACCAUUUCAGACUAAACGUUCAGGACAAACUUUUCAUCAUGGAUUUGGUGCCUGAAUUUCACCGGUGUAAAAAAGGUUGAUGUUUAGAAUUCAAUUUUUAGAUCUGAAAAUGACUAAUUGAGUCUGAGCAGUUUUAAUACAUUUGUUUUUGAAUGUUAGAUGUGUAAAAUUUUUGUCUGAAUUUGUAAAGACAAAAAGGUUUUUGAAAUGACUGCACAUCUGCCAGAAGGGAAUUCCAACUACUUAUAUUCAGACAUGUUUCAGUGUUCAACAUGAAGUAAUCAGUAGAGGUUAAAGGUUUCCUGAGCUCUGUGGAGCUGUUUAUCUAUGAAUGGGUUCCUGUUGUGUUUAUCUUGUCCGCACACUCACGCACACGCAGGUGGCAUAAUACACAGUCCUUCCACACUGUUGUGCAGAGAACCACAGCAGUGCAACAACGUGGCCAGGGAAGAAGAUGACUGCUAGCAAGUAAACAUGGAUGUAAACAAUUCUUGCGUAGUGUAAAUACACCUUUUGUUUGUUUACAAGAAAUCUCCCAGUGAAGGUGCGAGUGUGCCGUGUCCGAGCUGCUCAGCGGGAUGUUGAAAAGCUUCAGAAACCUCCUCCGUCUAACCUGAUGCUCUGACAGUCACUCCCACCUCAUGCUAUGAUUAACUAGCUGUGUGGAGCUGAGAGGAGCUAAGGACUGAACAACUCUCUCUCGCUCUUGUUUUGAUCACAUGACUAUUUCUGUCUCUUACAUUCAAGUCAAAGAGUUAAAAGAGAGACUGUCUGAAAACGCUGGCAGUGAUCCCCAUAUUCAAACUAAACUGCAUCUCCCCAGCUUUUCACUCUGCCUUCAAGCUUGGCUGUUUGAUCAGGUAGAAACACCUGAUUUCCAACAUGGACAGAUAACACAUCAUAUAAACCACUUCUCUUCUAAUAUAACAUGACCCUCUCAAAAUUCAAAUUAUUAGGACCUUUCUUAGUUUCCAGAGAUAUUCCUCUAAAUAGAAUCAACAUUUUAUCAGACCCAUUGGGCAGUGUGACAUGUCAUCACACAGUGUAUAGGGGCCUAUGAGAAGGAACCUGUUAGUGGUGGAAUGUGCGUUCACACUGAGGAAGUUGAUAGUUUUGACCAGCAGUGGACAGUGCAGGCAGAUCCAGUUGCAUUGACAGUAUACAGUGAUAUGAAGCUACAGAUAUUGAAGCAGGCCAAUCUGUGUUUUUGUUUUUUCUGACAAUGUUGCAAGUGUUCUUUAAACUUUUUUUUUUUUUUUUUUUGACAUGUCUCUGUCGUAUUUCAAAUAAAACCAGAGAAUGGUGAAGGUUUGAAUGGCUUUAGUCUGUUUGCCAGGAAAUUGAAUUGAGUACAAAAUGAAUGGAGCUCUGGUGACUUUGACCACAUGCUACCAGUGUGAACGCAUGAUUACAUAAAUACAGAUAAAGAAAGGCUGGGGAAUCAUGUAACAGUAACUUCUUCUCAGACUGAACUGGAACCCCUGGACUGUGAGGUAGAGUCUCAUGGCUGUUGUCUUGAUCUGUUGCCUGUAGGAAAAACCUGUCUUCUAAUAUCUGUGGCUGCUCUCUAUGGCUUGUCCUUUUAUAAAUGUCUUUUGUAACAUGGAGAGGAAGGAGUGUGUGUGAUUGGGGUGGGGUGGGAGGGUAUUUUUGCACACCAUAGACAGUCUGACCAUUACAGUAUUCACUAUCUCUACUGUUUGAACAAACCCACUCCCUUUGCUGUUAUAUCACCACUGAAUCAUCAGUGGAACAUGAUUGUCUGUCACAGGAGGAUUCUUUUCUCACAUCACUUCUUGGCACCAUCAUGACAUUACCAACAUUACAUCACAGAACAUGUUAGGGUACAUUAGUUUUUUUGCCGUGUCUCAGUGAUGGACACAUGGCAUGGGUUUGGUUAAAUGUUUUAAUACUGUGUGUUUCCUUAGCUAAUGGAGGGGUCUGAAUGUUCCACAGGGACAGAAUGCCUGGAGAAGUGAAGUGUGUGUGAGAGCAAGAGUGAGUGAACGUGAAGCCAAACACAUUUGUGCCAUAAAUGUUCCGAUCUUAUAACUUCAUUUAUUCUGCACCUGAUUGGGUACAUUGUUCUGCUCACAGGGAACCCUGUACAUUACGAGCAGUAUUUGCAAAGAGGGCGCAAGUUGAUGUUAAAUAUACUUUCCUGUCCACGCUGUCAGGGCUGCUGCCAACGACCACUGGGGGGCAGCAUUUAUUGUUUCAUGAAUAGCUGGAAACCUUUUCCUUCUCUCGCAUUAGACUCUGUUACACGUUUGCUAUUUUGCAGUGCAGUUUUCAUGUAACUCAUUUGAUCCAGGAGUCAUAAAACCUGAAAGAACCAGGGUCCACAUCAACAGUGUGUGAUCUGAUAAUCUGAACACAGAAUUGUCAGACUCAGAUAUUUCACAUUAACAUUAGGAUGCAGCCUUUUUAUGAUUUCACCAUAUUUAGUUUAAUUAAGGACGGUUCAGUCAAUAUAUGUGAGGAUGCAUUUCACUUUCCUAAACCUCAAAUCUAGCACCACCCUUCACUGGUGCUCAGCUCCCUGUGAUUUACAUUAUUUCUGUUAAUCCAACAUAAUAGCUCUUUACAGAGCUUUCAGGGCAUCUCCUGGUCUUGAUCAGCAGACAGAUUUAACGCAGUUGUCACAGAGAUGGCCUCUCUCAAUAACAACAACAGGUUUAUUUUCUCAAAGUAUUUGCUCAGGAAUGAACUUUUCUCCUUUCAUUUCUGCUCAGUUGUUGUUGUACAGAUUAAGUGGCCAAUUCAGUUCAUAAUUUAAUCUCAUUAUCCCACAGGGUUCACUUAAUACUGAAGGAUUUUCAACAGUUUUCUAGGUUUAGGAAAGAGAAAGUGAGAAGUUUGACCAGCUGAACUGUCCUGUUAGGAGUGGGUCAGAGGUGUAAAUCAACUGCUCAAGUCACAACUCCAUGAAAACAGCUUCACUCCUUAUUUGGUACCAGUGUGUCUGAUAGCUGUGUGUGUGUGUGUGUGUGUGUGUGUGUGUGAGUGUGGAACCUGUAUACUGCAUCCUUCUGUUUGGACAAUAAACCUGAAUCUGUGUUCAGUA